GAGCCAGUUCAUGAGGGACUCCCCAGAGCCGAGUCCCGGGACUGGCUGAGAAGCCUGCUGCCCUCCUCUCCCCAUGGAUAAGGGACUGCCUCUGCCCCAGGACUGCCGGGACUUUCUGCACGGCCUGAGGAUGAGGGGCAGAUAUGCCCUGUUCCUGGUUUUCGUGGUGGUGGUUUGUGUCUUCAUCGAGAAGGAAAACAAAAUCAUUUCCAGGGUGUCGGAGAAGCUGAAGCAGAUCCCCCAGGCUCUGGCUGAUGCCAACGGCACCGACCCAGCCUUGGUCUUGGCCGAGAACGCGUCCCUUUUGUCCCUGAGCGAGCUGGAGUCCGCCUUCUCCCGACUGCAGAGGCGCUUACACAACCUGAGCCUGCAGCUGGGCGUGGAGCCCGCCGCGGAGAGCGCGCCGUGGGGGGGUUCGGCCCGGGCCCGGCGCCACGUGCUGCUCAUGGCCUCCACGCGCACGGGCUCCUCCUUCGUGGGCGAAUUCUUCAACCAGCAGGGCAACGUCUUCUACCUCUUUGAACCGCUGUGGCACGUGGAGCGGACGGUGACCUUCGAGCCCGGGGCCCCCAGCGCGGCCCACUGGGCCCUGGUCUCCCGCGAUGUGCUUCAGCGGCUCCUACUGUGCGACCUGUACAGCCUGGAGCACUUCAUCCGGCCGGGCCCCGAGCAGCACCUGACGCCCGCCCUGUUCCGCCGGGGCUCCAGCCGCGCCCUCUGCGAGGAGCCCGUGUGCACGCCCUUCGUCAAGAGGGUCUUCGAGAAGUACCACUGCAAGGAGCGCCGCUGCGGCCCCCUCAACGUGACCCUGGCCGCCCAGGCCUGCCGCCGCAAGGAGCACGUGGCCCUCAAGGCCGUGCGCAUCCGGCAGCUGGACUCCCUGCAGCCGCUGGCCGAGGACCCCCGGCUGGACCUGCGCAUCAUCCAGCUGGUGCGAGACCCCCGGGCCGUGCUGGCCUCCCGCAUGGUGGCCUUCGCCGGCAAGUACGCGACCUGGAAGAAGUGGCUGGCCGAGGGCCAGGACCGGCUGCGGGAGGAGGAGGUGCAGCGGCUCCGGGGCAACUGCGAGAGCAUCCGCCUGUCGGCCGAGCUGGGCCUGCGGCAGCCCACCUGGCUGCGGGGCCGCUACCUGCUGGUGCGCUAUGAGGACGUGGCGCGCUGGCCCCUGCAGAAGGCGCGCGAGAUGUACCGCUUCGCGGGCAUUCCCUGGACCGCGCAGGUGGAGGACUGGAUCCAGACGAACACGCAGGCGGCCCAGGACGGCAGCGGCGUCUACUCCACGCAGAAGAACUCCUCCGAGCAGUUUGACAAGUGGCGCUUCAGCAUGCCCUUCAAGCUGGCCCAGGUGGUGCAGUCCGCCUGCGGCCCUGCCAUGCACCUCUUCGGCUACAAGCUGGUGCGAGAUGCCGAUUCCCUCACCAAUCGCUCCAUCAGCCUGCUGGAGGAGCACGGUACCUUCUGGGUCACUUAGGGAGCCUGGGGCCACACGCACCCUUCAAGGCUCAUGGUCGUCCCACCCUGCUUCCUCCUUCCGUGGCCUGCAGGGAGACCGUGGCUCUGGAGGGCAGGCGGGAGGUGUGCGCUGAGCGGUGCCCGGGGCCCUGCUGGCUUUCCCACUGUAGGGGGAAGGGCCACUUUGGGGUUUCUCCCUGAUUACAAGA